AUGUUUGCCGGCUCGACACGGAAGCGCCUUGCAAGCAAGUUGGGCUUUGCUACCCAGACGCCGCCCUCGCGACCAGGCCCAUCGACGUUCCCUUCCCAGGGCUUCACCGUGAUCCCUGGCGACCACCCACUGGAGGAAGAGUCUAUGCCCGAGUAUCAAGCCGAUCAUUUCUAUCCCAUGGUCCUGGGUCAACUCCUCCACGAUUGCUACCAGACCGUGGCAAAGCUCGGCUACGGGUCCUCCUCGACCGUAUGGCUGGCGCGCGACCUUGAAAAGAACCAAUACGUAGCUUCGAAAGUUUAUAUGCAUAACUCCGUUAAGCAUCGCGAACCUCCCUUCUACCAGCACUUAGAAAAGGCACUGCCUAGCCGCCACACCGGCGCAUCCAAUAUCAGGAAACUUUUGGCUGCUUUUGAAGUUGCAGGUCCCAAGGGCAAGCACAUAGUGUUGGCUAUGCAGGUCUCACAGAUGAGUCUACGCGACAUGGAUGCCUAUGAAGGGACAAGGCUUUCGUAA